GUGUGCACUGCCUUGUGUGAUCGCUGCAGAAGCUGUUUGGUUAUACAAGUGAAUGCCUGGGUGAUGGCCUUUUGUCCCUAUCUUGCUUCUUGUUCAGCUGACAGAAUAAGGAAAUAGCACCUGAAUGGGCAAUGUCUCAUGGUAGGGAUGGGUGGAACUAAUGAUUUUAAGAUCCCUUCCAACCCAAACCAUUGCAUGCAUCGUGAAAGCGAUUCCAGUGAAACAAUACCUGCCUGGGUUUGCUUUUGCACAUUAGCCUGAACACUGCACCUUGUUAGAGUUGUGUGACCCCAGGACAGACAGAGAAGUUGGCAGCAGUGAGCUAGAACGUGCUGCUCGUUCAACUGUCCCAACUUUGUGUAGCCAAAACCAGGUACCCUUGUUCAUAGUCGCUGCUACAGUCCGCAACCACCGCUGGAACAAAAGCCUCCAUGGGGCUGUUGUAAGGCUGUAGAUGAUGUUUGCACUGUGUUUAACAGGAGCAAGGAUUACAAGUGAAGUAUGUUUCCUUAAAGCGCAUGCAUUUUUCCCUGAACUGAACAAAGGCAUGAUUCUGAGGCCUCAGAUACAUUUAAAUGUUUUAUGCCUACCGACAGAACAGUUAUAGCUUAGAUUAAAUAUGGGAAUAAAACCUCAAAAGGAUCUCCUGAUCUGCUAAAUAUAGGCUGACUGAACAGCUUUGUGGUUUGACCUGAUGAAAGGUGGGGCCUUUUAGCUGAUUGUUCCUGUCUCAAACAUUUCAACAUUUUGUUUCUUGUCCAAUAGACCUGUCCUGCCUUGAUUUUUGAUCUAUCUUCAAUAAAGGCUGACAAGGAAGGUCAGCCAACGAAGGUGUGCUCUGUCAUCCUCGGGCACUCAGGCCAGUUCAGCAGCACCCUGAGGCUGGGACAGGUGUGGUUACGUGCCAGAAGGAAGGCAGCACCAGGGAUGUGGAAAGCAGUUGUGGGACACGACGUGUCGGUGAAGGUGGAGGCUGAGGGAGAUGACUGGGACACGGACCCCGAUUUCGUGAACGACAUCUCCGAGCGGGAGCAGCGCUGGGGAGCCAAAACCAUCGAGGGCUCAGGCCGGGCCGAGCACAUUGACAUCCAUCAGCUCAGGAACAAGGUAUCAGAGGAACACGAGGUUAUCAAGAAGAAGGAGCUGGAGACUGGCCCCAAGGCAUCCUAUGGCUAUGGGGGCAAAUUUGGAACGGAGCGAGACCGAAUGGAUAAGUGCGCAGUGGGACACGAGUACGUUGCUGAUGUUGGGAAGCACUCCUCGCAGACAGAUGCAGCCCAGGGCUUUGGUGGCAAGUUUGGCGUCCAGCGGGACCGAGCCGAUAAGUCAGCAGUGGGCUUUGAAUACAAAAGUGAGGUGGAGAAGCACUCGUCCCAGAAAGAUUACUCCAAGGGCUUUGGUGGCCGUUACGGAGUGGAAAGGGAUAAGGUGGACAAAGCAGCUGUGGGAUUUGACUACAAGAGCCAGGCAGAGAAGCAUGACUCUCAGAAAGACUAUUCUGUGGGCUUUGGUGGGAAGUUUGGGGUCCAGAGGGAUCGCCAGGACAAGAAUGCCCUUGGCUGGGACCAUCAGGAAGAAGUGCAGCCCCAUGCAUCCCAAAGAGACUAUGCCAAGGGAUUUGGAGGCCGUUUUGGGGUCCAGAAGGAUAGAGUGGAUAAGAGUGCUGCUGGCUUUGAUGAGAUGGCAGCUCCCACCUCCUCCUAUGAGAAAACAAGACCCCUGGAGACAGGAGCCUGCAGUGGCGCCAGCAGCCUGCGGCUGCGGUUUGAGCACAUGGCGCAGUCGGCAGAGGAGGAGAGCAGGAGGCAGGCCCAGGAGGAGAGCAGGAGGCGGGAGCACCGGCGGGCUCAGCAGGAAAUCCCUCCCAGAGAGAAGGAGCCCGCUGGGACUGGGGCAGCCCCUGCAGCCGUGCCAGCAGGGGCACCCAGGGGCGCUGCUGGGGACCAGCCCAUGUCACCAGGAGAGCAGGACCCCAAUAGGGAGGAUGAAGAAGUACCACCCACUUUGCCACCAAGGCCAGCAGAUCUGGACGCAGAGCUGUGCAAGGUCCCCAGCCAGGAUCAGCCCACCUACAAUGAAAGUUUGGAUGUUGGUGGGGACUAUGAAGAGCUGCCAGAGCCCUCUGACUACUGUGACAGCACCAGUGGAGGUGCUGAGUAUGAGGAGCUGCCAGCCCCGCUGGGGAAGCUGGAUGCCACCUACGACUUUGGAGGAGAUGGAGGUGAAGACUACGAGGUGAUCCUUCCUCAGGAGCCCAGAGAGAGCCAUCCCCACCUGGGGAGCGCGGCCCACGGCCCCGAGGGGCAGAGCCCCGGGAUGUGCGCGGUGGCUCUCUAUGAUUACCAAGGAGAUGGAGAUGAUGAGAUUUCUUUUGAUCCUGAUGACACAAUCACGCACAUUGAGAUGGUGGAUGAAGGCUGGUGGCGGGGACAGUGCCAUGGCAGAGUCGGCCUCUUCCCAGCAAAUUAUGUGAAGCUUCUGCAAUGAAAUUAGCACAGUGCAAGCUGCUUCCCUCCCAACUUCUGCCUCUGUCAUGGUUUGACACUGGCCAAAUGCCAGACACCCACAAAAGUCACUCAUCCACCCUCCUCUGCCACAACUUUGCAGAGGAGAGAAAAAUUUAAUGAAGGCUUUGUGAGGAUUGGGAGAAAACACUCCAAGGGCAAAAUAGGCUUGACUUAGAGGUACAAAGUGAAUUUAUUACUAACAGAGCCAGAGGAGGAUAAUGAGAAAUAAAAGAAGCCCUUAAAACACGUUUUCUUCCCCCUAGUCCUCCCUCCUUCCCACCAACAGUGCAGGGAGACAGGGCAUGGGAGUUUUGGUGGUUUCAUCACUGAGAUUUUCUUCCACUGCUCCGGGAGAGGAGUCCUUCCCCUGUGAGACUGUGAGGUCCCUCCAGUGGGAGACAGCUCUCUGUGAAUUUCUCUGGCACAGGUCCACUCUCAUGAGCAGCAAUCCUCCCAAACUGCUGCAGCGUGGGUUGCUGUUCCACGGGGUGCAGCCCUCCAAGGACAGGCUGCUCCAGCCUGGGAGCAGGGCCCCUCUCCCCUGGGGCUGCCACUGGAGCACAGCCUCCUGCAGGCAUCACCUGCUCUGGCACGGGCACCUCACCCUGGGCUGUGGCUGGAUCUCUGCAUCCCCAUGGAUCCCCACAGGCUGUGGGUGGAUCUCUGCAUCCUUCAUGGAUCUCUGCAUCCCCAUGGAUCCCCACAGGCUGUGGCUGGAUCUCUGCAUCCCUCGUGGAUCCCAUGGGCUGUGGGUGGAUCUCUGCAUCCCCCAUGGAAUUUUCAGAGCCACCAGAGGUUGGCUCUGCUGGACAUGGUGGAAGCUUCCAGCAGCUUCUCACAGAAGGCACCUCUGUGCCCCCCCCCACCAAAAACCAGGCCGUGCAAAACCAACACGUUCCACCUCUUGUGAGUCUCAUAUUGAAGAAGAAGAUCAAAACGAAGUGGGCACAGUUUGUUUUGUUUUUUUCCAGCCAGAGAAGAGGGGGAGGUGAGAACAUGUGAGGCAAACAACCUGGAGACAGCAGGGUCAGUGGGGAAGGAAGGGCAGGAGGUGCACCAGGUGCCAGAGCUGAGAUCCCUCUGCAGGCCGUAGUGAGACCAUGGUGUGAAGUGUUUUCUCACAGUCCUUAACUCAUGAACUCUCCAUUUAAUUUUUUUCCCUCCUCUGUGGCUUUUGUGGGUGCAUGGCAUUUGGCCAGUGUCAAAGUACAGCAGCCUCUCUCUGCUUUAGCCUUUUCUGUGUUAUCAGCUUCAUUUGGAUCAGCUUGGUACAUCCACAUUCAGAGAAAUAUCAAGGGGCAAAUUGGCAGUGCCAGAGGGAAUGUUUUGUCUUAUGCCCAAGAGGAUUUUGAUUCCCAUCCACUUCCAGGGGGAAAGGUGGGAUGGUUUAAGAGCAUAUGAGUGCAAUGCAAGGUCUCUUCUAUCGAGGCUGCCCCACCUGUCAGCCAGCAAGCCUGCAGGAGUGUGUCCUGUUCCCAGUGGGGCAAUUCCCAGAGCAGAAAUACCAAAUCUAGUCCAGGCAAGGCAGAAGGGAUGUGAGCUGUAGGACCUUUGUCAGUUGCUGUGGCCCUGAAUCUCAUCCUAAUCAGGGAUCAGGGAAAAGAGCCCUGGGAAAGCCAAAUUUGUGUUUAUUCCAAGGAAGGGUUUCCAUUUUUAGGACGAGCUGUGUUUGCAGCGUGGACCAGAGAAACAUGAACAUGGUCUGUGUGACCCUUUUGGGCACAGGUGUGUCUGUGCCUCCCUCCCAGCUUCUGCUCUGGCCUGGCUCAAGCCAUGUCCCCGUGAUUCUGUGACAGCUCGUGUCCUCUGUGCCUGCUGGAGCCUCCUGAAAAGCCUGAUUCUUCAUCACAGAUGUGAGGAAAAGGCUGGGCGUGUGGGAAGCAGGACAGCAGAAAACAUUUUACUGCUGAUUUUUAAAAAACAGUUUUCAGAAAUGCAAAAGUAAAGCCCUCCCUCAAGCCAGUACCUCUUAGGUGGAUGUUCAGCUGUGGGAACUGUUCCUCUAUGGGAUGCAGGUACCAUCACUGCAGGAAUAAACCAGGGACAGCUGAGUAGAACAGCACCUGAGGGGCUGAGGGGCUGUGGGAGCACACCUGAGGGACUGAGAGGCUGCAGGAACACCUGAGGAACUGUGUGAGCACAGCCCAUCACUGCCACUGCCAGCAGCGUGUGCAGAGGGUGCCUCUGUGGCACCAAAGCUUUAGAGUUCAGUGUGGUUCUCAGGUGAGCCCUGGACCACCCUGCAGUUGGCCAAGCCUGCACUACCUGUGGAGGAGUGUGGCAUUCCUGCUCAGUGUUUGAUCCUGGGCACACUCACAGGAAAGGUGCAUUGGGAUUCAGGUUAAAAAUUAUCAAUUUUAAUGUAACUUUUCCGGAGGUUUCUUGUUUGGGUUUCUGGUUGGCUGGCUUUGGGGCUUUUGUUUGGAGUGCUUUGGGUUUUUUGUUUCUCUGAGGCAACUUGCCCAGUCUUUUUCCUUGUGUGGUUUCUGCUGUUUCCUGCUGUCCCAUUCCAGGGGCUCCUUAGAAAGGUGUCCACUGGUCAGACUGAUGUGCCCAGUGACACUGCACUGAGGGUGCUUCAAGGACUUUUUAGAGUCCAGAAGGGUGUAUAGCAGGGAGGGCUGAGGGGCUCACAGCCUGUCUGGAUAGGAGCAACAGCCCAACCCAACAGGUGCGUUACAGAAACAUUUCUUUUCCUGAAGCGUAAAAUCAGCACAUGUUGUGCACUAAGAAAUGGCAAACUGCUCUCUCUCAGCAAGGCUGUGUGCCUCCUAGUCCCAGCUCUGACUCUCCAGUGGGUUUCUUUGGGAACAGAUUAGAUCCUGUCGGGUAUCUCUUGGUAACUGAGCUACAGAUGAGUGUGUUUGGGUUGUGUGACUGCAGGUGUCACCUGCCUGUGUCAUCUCCCUUGCCCCGGUGAGCCCGUGCUCCUGGCUCCGCUCAUGUGCCUCAUGUGCACACCUGCAGAUUGGGCUGCUGCCCCCACAGCCACAGAAUCAUCUGAGCUUGGGCCCAGCUGCAGACCCCCGGCCAGUCACCCAGAGCCACAGCACACACCACAGCUGCACAGGGAAACUUUUCUGGCCAUAAAGCAAAGCAUUUCCGGUGAGGAGUUCAGUGCCACCAGCUCUCGGCUCAGUGCCGAGACCUCCGUGUCCGAGUGCAGCACUGAGGCCGUGGGCGGCCUGUGCGAGCCGCUGUGCUUAUGUGCAGAGCGCUGCAGAGCCUCCCUGGCAGCCUGGGGAAACCCAGCAGACAUCAGAUUUGAAGCCAAGGCACAUGGGGACAGUGGAUGGUGGGACAGCCCCUCUUGCCCAGGCCAGGUUUUCCAGUCCAAGGCACUGCCCUUGUUCUGCACAGAGCCUGACUCAAGCCCUGGGGCAGAGCUCGUGGCUAUGCUCAGGGUCAGCACGUGUCCGGCUCCACAUGAAUUUGCCUUUUGCAGAGCUGCCUGGAAGGAGCACAGCUGCAGCACGUGGCGUCUGGAAAAUAAAGACAGAAUUCUGGACCUGUA